CACAGUGUGACUCAACAUCAGACUGAACCAGCAAGGUCAACCAGAAAGUUUUCAAAGAUUUUACUUAAAAAAAGAAGAAAAGGAGACGUUCAGUAAUGAGCUGAGGACGAGUCUGUGAAUACUGAUGAAAUUGAUCAACCUCACAUCUUCUGUAAACACAGCUGUUUCUUGUCCUCUGUGAGACCACAUGCCAGCCAACACGAAAAAGAAAAAGAAGCGGCUCCGAAAACCCACCAAAGAUAAGCAAGAGAAGACAAACAAAGUUUCCAUUGACAAAACCUGCGAGGCCUUCGGGUCCGACAGGCCGGAGUUUGAGGUUUUCACGGACGAGAUGAUUCAGUGGUUUUCUGAUCAUCAGCCGCAGGUGGAUCAGCAUUUCAGCCUCAGGGACACAGACCGAAGUGGAUCAGUUAACCUGAAGGAUUUCAAACUCGGUCUGAUGAACCUGGGCGUCCCCUGUCAGGAGUCUCAGCUCCACAUGCUGACUGAGCUGCUGAAAACCAGCAACAAUAUGAUCAGUUAUCAAGACUUAAACAGACAAGUACAGAGCUUAAGACUGAGUCACAGCAGCACAGACGCAGCCGUCCAACAGCCAGAGGACGUCUCCGGUUUGAAAACCUGUCCCUAUGAUUGUCUGUUAAACCGUGACAGAGACAGGUUCAUCCGUCUGAGUGUCAGACUGAUCCCCUUCGACUCCUCUUCAGUCCAUCCGGGGAACUUUGAGGUGGUUUUGUCGAGCAGCAGCAGAGUUUUCGGUCUGAUCAGGAUCAUCCAGGACCGGGUCGGGAUCCAGACCUCCAGGCUGGAGGUUUUCCGGAGCAGGAAAACCACAGAGGAGGCUCUGCCUCCAGAGAGCUCCCUGGAGGAGUGUGGCUUCAAAGGAGGCCCAGAGGAAAGUCCUCCAGAGGACACUGUGUACUACGACUACAGACUGGUGUUUACAGACUGUGCGGUCCUCAACUGUGACCACUACUUCAGGUCAAAGCCAGACUCUGCUGCCAGGAGGACUGGACUCAGUCUGUGACUGGACACUGUUGAGAAAUCACACCAAUAUCUGUCAGUGUUUUUAACCACUUUGGU